AGAUGGCAAUUAGGGUUUAUCCAUAAAGAUUUAUUGUCAAUUAUUAAAGAGUGAAUAUUAUCCAUUCGGUUAAGUUACUGUCAAAAUUACCUAAAACUUCGAGUUUUUAUUGUAGUUUCAAGUGAAAUAUUGAAAAUGGGUAAAAUGAAAGAGUUGUUUGCAAUUGCUAAAGAUUCUCAUUUGGAGUUUUUUAACUUAGUUUUCGUCUUUGGUUUAACAAUCCAAUCAACUGUUGUAACUCAAAUGAUUGAAGACAAAAUUUGUCUCAACCAAUAUGGCUUUAGAUUGGCCGAUUGUGCUGAUGAACAUUCAGAUGCCAAGAUCGCAGUUCUUAGAGAAGCUUCAACCAUUUCUAGUUAUCGAUCAAUACUGAGCGGUUUACCAGCCAUAGUGACAACUCUUUUCGUUGGACCAUGGAUCAACAAUUAUCCAAACCAUUUAAAGUUAAUCAUUGUAAUGCCUGCCAUAAGUUCAAUACUGCAAGUCAUGUUUCUCACUGGAAAUGCCAUCUUUUUUUCAUUGGAUCCAAAAGCAGUUUUGAUUGUUGACUUGAUUCCAUGGAUUUUUGGAACUAUUAAAGGUUGCUUUAUGGCUCUUUCAACUUAUAUCGUUUUAACAACUCCACCUGAUAAACGGAUCCUCAAGUUUUCAAUGUGUGAUGUUGCUGCUUUUAUUGGUGCUAUAGCUGGUCAAUAUACUGGUGGAGCCAUUUUCGCACAAAAACCUUGGUUUAAGAACCAAGUCUCCAACUAUCUCGGAGUCUUUAUUGUCUCAUUGAUAUUCAAAAUAUCUGCUGUGAUUAUAUUCAUUAUAACUGCUCCUUCAGUUUACAAAUUGAAUGAGAAACAAGCAGCUAAGGAUCCGAAUCAUGUUAAUCAUGGACUACCUUUCAAGAAACACAAGUCUGAAGAGGAAAAGAAGAGUCCAGUUAAAGAGUUUGUUUCAAAAGUAUUUUCAUUCUCGGCUAUUUGCAAGUUAUUUCAAACGUUGACUAAACCUCGAGAGUCGGGGAAGCGUGGAGUACUUUUACUUUUGGUCGGUAUUGCAGUUGCGCGAAGUGUAGAGCAUUCAUUCAUAAGAAGCAACCUUUAUCAAUUUGCUCAACGUGCAUAUGGAUGGUCAAAUUAUGAAUACUCAAAAUACAGUGCAAUUAAUGAUUCCAUUCCAGCGCUCAUGCAAUUGAUUGGACCCCGAAUAAGCAUUCAGCUCCUUGGCAUGUCAGAUAUUUCACUUGGUAUACUUGCCUGUGUUUCUCAUGCUGGUGAGAUGAUAAUACGAGGAAUUUGGUUAACAACUGAAGCCUUUUUCAUAUCAACUGUAACUGGUUGUACUUAUACGCUAAUCGAUGCUGUAACAAACUCUCUUUUGGGUAAAAUUGUUGAGCGCGAUGAGAUUGGAGGCACUUUUAGUUUGAUAUCCGUGAUCAGUGCAACAAUUGCUUUAUUCAGUGAUUGGUCCUUAACGAAGGUCUUCAAUGCUACACUUCAUAGUGAUCCGGGUUUUUGUUUUCAUUUGUUUGCGGCUGUGCCAAUAGUUCCAAUUUCAGUUUUCUUGUGGAUUAAAUACAAAAGAUCACAUUCAAUCGAAGCAAAAUCUAAUGAGAUAAAUAAAGAUGUAGAUGUUUCAAACAAAUAAAUUGAGUUUAGUAAUGAA